AUGACCUUGCUAAAAUAUUGGCAGGAAGAAUCACCUGAAAAUAAAAAAAAAGUAGGAGAACCGGGCAAUAAACGUUCUUAUGAUAUAAUUUAUCCAAAAGCGUUUCAAAAUGCCUUUCCAUCAUCUGAUGAAGAUAUUUAUCUUCAUAUCAUUGAAGCAAAACCUAUGUAUCCAGUUCCUACUGAAAACAGAGAUCGCGUGUUAUAUAAUCUCUUUAAAAGCUCUUCUAGUUUUGCCAUACUCUCAAGUAAAAAAAUUCCAAAACUACCAGAAUUUUCAAUUUAUAUGAAAAUGGGUCGAGUGAAUGUAAAGCUUCAAACUAACUUUAAAUGUUUAAAAUUGUCUUCCGAGGAAAUCCAAGAACUUCGUCAUUUUCAUUGGUUAAUUUUCAAAGACAUCCUAUCACUUCUUAAAGAAUUUAUGAUUUUUGAUUCUCAAAGUAAAGAAAACAAUUUUUUAAUUGUUCCAACUGAUAAAGAUGGAGAACUUAAUUGGUCAGUUAUACGGAAUUAUAAAUCAUUAGAAAAAGUAUAUCCAAGAAAUAUUCCACAAAAUGCAAUAACAAAUGGAAUCGAUGACGUAAUUCUAGAAAAUUAUUCUGAUUGGGAAUUAGUGUCUCCUAACUAUCGAUCAGCAACGAAUAUUUAUGUUGUAACACGAGUUUGUCAUGAUCUAAAUCCUCAAUCAACUUUUCCCACUGAUGAUUACAUAUGUUAUUCCCAUUAUUUUCAUGAAAAACAUAAAAUUGAAAUUUCUAAUAUGACACAACCACUUCUCGAAGUAAAGCCAAUCUCUGAUAAAAUAAAUUUCAUAAAAAAAAGGGCACCUAUAUCCCCCAACAAACGAAAACGUGAUAACCUUGAAGAACAUUUAAUUCCAGAAUUAUGUUGUAAAAUCAAUUUUCCUGCAAUCUAUUAUCUUAAAGCACAAACUUUACCUUCAAUUCUUCAUAGAAUUAAUCAACUACUAAUUGCUGAGGAAUUACGACAGCAAAUUGCUACUGAAGCUCAACUUGGAUCUAUAUCAGCAUCAGAAGAUCAAGAUUCGUGGGAAACUCUGCAUUUCUCUGAUGAUGAGAUACCUAGUGACGAAGAAGCUACAAAUGAAAAUAUUGAUGAUACUGAUGAAUACGGUACACACAUUGAGGAUAUCUUAGAUGAAACUGAUGAUCAUGAUACUGUAAAGGAAGAUACCAAAAUUGAAGCAGAUAUAAAUAUCUUAAGCUUAAAUAAAAACGUUUAUCGAUGGACGAGUAUGAAAGAACCGCGCGAUUUAGAACGAAAUAUUUCAGCAAUAAAGUUAAUAGAUAUUGAAUAUUAUAAUUGUUUUCAACAUUCAUUAUAUUCUCUUACUGAAUCAGCUAAUAAUCGUAAGGAAUUUUGUACACGUCAACCAGUGGUUAAAAUACCAAGUCUUACCAUUAUAAAUAAAACUACAGGAAAACAGCCAAGUGCAGCGAAUUUACUCCCAGCAUUGAUAGUUAAACGAGCUAAUGACUCAAUUAAUCUAGAAAGAUUGGAAACAUUAGGAGACUCAUUUUUAAAAUUUAUCAUUUCUUUGUAUUUAUUCGAACAAUACGCUUAUCAACCUGAAGGUCGAUUGACAGGAUAUAAAGGAAAAAUCAUAGGCAAUAGAUAUUUAUAUUAUUGUGGAGUGAAUAAAGGAAUUCCUGGGAGAUUAAAAGUAGAAGACUUUGUAUCAAAAAGUAAUUUUAUUUCACCAUCUUUUUGUACACCUCAAGAAAUUCAACAAAUGAUACGUUCACAAAAUAAAUCGCCAAGUGUUUUAUAUGAAGUUAAUAUACCUCAAUCCGAACAAUUUCAAGGUAUAAUAUCUGAUGAAACUCGCAAUGAAUUUUUAAAUAAAAUUUCUUCAUGGAUAAAUCCCACAGGUUCUACAGGAGUUGAGCAUUUUAUAAACAUUCAAAAUAUUCCAGAUAAAACGAUAGCUGAUUCCGUUGAAGCUAUUAUUGGUGUUUAUCUUAAAAACAUGAAUUUGUUAGGAGCUAGCAAACUCCUACAAUGGUUUGGAAUCAUUCCGAAUCAAGUAAACGUUGAACAAAUAUUGUUUGGCACUCCAAAAAGUGCAGCAUUAAACGUUGGUGAUAUAAAUAUUUACAUGAAUUGGGUAGAUCAUAUAGAAGAGGUUCUAGGCUAUAAAUUUAGAGAUCGUACAUUUUUACUUCAAGCAUUCACUCAUGCUUCAUACUCUCCGAAUAAAAUAACAUUAAGUUAUGACAGACUUGAAUUUCUUGGUGAUGCAGUAAUCGAUUUUCUGAUUACGGUUUAUAUUUACGAGAAUUGUAAUAAUUUAAAUCCUGGAGAAUUAACUGAUUUAAGGUCAGCCCUCGUAAAUAAUAUCACAUUUGGAUGUUUAACUGUAAAAUAUAAAUUAAAUACUGCCUUACUUUCUUAUACUCCUACUUUAUUCGAAAGUAUUGAUAAUUUUGUGAAAUUUCAAGAACAUAGAAAUUAUGUGGUUGAUGACGAGUUACUUCGGAUUCUCUUAGAAGAAGAUGAUUGUGAUGUAGCAGAAUAUGUUGACGUGCCUAAAGUUUUAGGUGAUAUUUUUGAAUCCGUAAUAGGAGCUGUUUAUUUAGAUAGUGGUAAAGAUCUCACAAGGACUUGGAGCGUUCUUUAUUCAUUAAUGCAUGACGAAAUUAAUAAAUUUAGUAAAAAAGUGCCCAAGCAGGCUAUUCGUGUCCUUUAUGAAACUCCAGGUAUUAAACCACGAUUUUCGAAAAUUAAAAUUGAUGAAAAUACUAAAAAAAUAUUGGUAACUUUAGAAAUUAAAACUCUCGGUAAAUAUCGCUAUUUUCAUGGAUUUGGCAAGACUAUAAAAUUAGCAAAAGUAGGCGCAGCAAAACGAGCUCUAAAAUUUCUUCAAAAAUGUAAUUAACAAAUUUAUUCAAAUGG